AUGGAACAUCCAAAAGCCCCGACGCUGGCACGGCAUGCGGUAGCUCUGCUCACCGUGUCGACAGUACUUCACCCACUGGCGAUCCUGGCCGUGGGCUUGCGCUUCCUGGCGCGGCGCAAAACAGCGUCUGUGAAAAUAGACGACUACCUAGCCCUGCUGGCGCUGGUUUUCGGCACGGGGUUAUACGUCUCGGGGAUCCUGAUCUGUACAAUCGGUUUUGCGGGUUUCCACGGCGCCGUUUUGGAGGGACAUCAGAUUGAGAGGUUCUUACUGCUAGUCUACAUAGACAACCUCUUCUACGCCCUGACCCUCCCGACAAUCAAAAUCUCCAUCCUGUUCAUGUACCACCGCCUCUUCCCCGUCCGAAAAUUCACCUACGCCAGCAUCGUCGUCGGCCUGAUAGUCGCAGGCUGGAUGGUCUCCGUCGUCACCGUGCAGAUCUUCACCUGCACGCCUGUACGCGGCGCCUGGAUCCCUUCCGCCGCGGAUCACUGCAUCGACCAGACCAAAUUCUACUACGGGAACUCGGUGUCGAAUGUGUUGACGGAUGUGUGUAUACUGGCGAUGCCCAUGCCGCUCAUCUGGCGGUUGAAGAUGUCUAGGAGGAAGAAGGUCGCUGUUACGGGGAUCUUGCUCAUGGGGGGGUUUGUAUGCAUCAGCAGCAUCGUCCGGCUCUCAUACCUCCCCCAGAUUGACAACAACGAUAUCACAUAUACGCUCGUGGCAGUAGGCAACUGGACCUCCAUUGAGACCCCGCUGGCGAUCAUCUGCGGCUGUCUACCGACUCUGCCUGUUCUUUUUCGAUCAUCCAGGACGAGGGAACCCUCGGCCAAUUCGCAUGGUUCUACCCCGUUGGUCUCAACUGGGGACCAGAAGGGUGGUGAGUCUGUCCCACUGGACAGUAUGAAUAGCAGCCGUAUCUAUGUCUCCCGGCAGAUUGAGCAUCGGGUGCAGCAGUUAUAG